AUGGGGCAUGCUCGCAGCGAUGACGACGAUGAUUUUCUGACUGAGCUGCUGACCUGUCAUCGCUCGGCUUCCUUGGGUCCAUUUCCUUGGCAACAGCUUGAAGAUGAUGGGGCCAAGAGACACACCGAAGGACAAAAACAAAUUAGAACUGACCCCAUGCCAGUUUUGCAUGUGCGUUCUUCAGGUUUGGGGUUGAGCACAGCGACAGCACCUGUGUCUCAGACUGCUUUGGUUCCCCCAUACCUCCAAGAUCCAGAACUUCGGAACUUGGAUAGAACCGUAGAAGUCUUCGAAAAGAUUGAGAUGGAGCCCCACAUGUCUUUCAAGUUACCAAAGCCUGGCGCUACAGCUGGCUAUGUUCUAGAACACGGGGCAGCAGUUUUUGAAGCUUUGCAUAAGAAACAUAGCCCCAUGACCUUCAAAUUUGGGAUCACACAUUGCGCUCAUUUCAGAUGGUUUCAUCGGCCUUAUGGAUACAGAUAUGGAGUAGAGAAGUUCGAACACAUGCUGAUCCUCUAUGCUGCUUCCAACCCAUUUGGUCCUGCCUUCUUGGAAGCAUCCAUGGUCCAGCGCUACAGCAGUGCCAAGGCAGCACACCAGAAGCAACGAACGUAUUCCACAUUGCUUCAUGGAAACAUCUUGGAAAUGAACCUUUGCUCAGAUUUGCAUUCUGAGGUUGGCAAGGCUGUAAAAACAUUAGACGCGGCGGCGACUCCAGCCUCAUGCACGUCGCAAAUCGAGACUGCAAGGGCUGUGGUAUCCGAGAUGGGUGAGGGACAAGCCCACCGUUCUGGGAUCAACGAUUGGGCAAAAGUAGACUACAAAAAUAGUGAACGAGAUGUUCAAUCAAUUGUGGACAAACAGGGAACACGGCUCAAACUUCCCAUCACUGAAUUGGCAAUUCGUGGAAAAACAGUUCCAUGGAUCAGUCCAAAAUCCUGGUUUGAGUACUUAGUCAACAACGGGUUGCUGUACAUGCUAUCUGGACUACGGUGUGAUGAGGGAUGCCAUGUAGGAUCCACUUGGAAAGAUUUCUGGAAAAAAUAUGAGCAGCUGCAUCCUACUUUCAGUUUGUUUGAGGAUCCCAGUUUCGACCCUGCUACAACGAUUGGUAUGUAUUUGCAUGGGGAUGAGGGACGAACCCUCAAGAAGUCAGCCCUCAUGGUAACAUCGCUGCAAAGCAUUCUUGGUUGGGGGUUUGACAAAAAGCGCUUGAAGAGGCCUAGACAUGAAAGGUCCCUGGAAAUCAACUUCGCAGGCCACACAUACACUACUAGGUUUGUGGUGAGUGUGAUGCCAAAAAGUUUCUACGCUUCUGACCCGGAAGUUUUUCAUGAUAUGAUGGAGGAACUGAGUAAAGAGCUGAGUGAUAUUUUGAAGAACGGGAUCCUUGACCGCGCCACUGGAAUCACCUACCGCGUAUGCCUCUUAGGAGUCAAAGGUGACAUGCCUUACCUUCAAAAGUGCGGAAGACUCAAAAGAAGCUGGAAUACAACUGUUAAGCGAGGAACAGCGCGUAAGGCACCGCCUGGUGUGUGUCACUUGUGCUUGGCAGGCACCAACAGUUUUCCUUGCGAGGAUACAUCCCAUGACCCUGCUUGGAGAGACACUAUCGCAGUGCGGGACCCCUUCGACCAGCUGCCAGCACCUUUGAGGUUUUUGCCAUAUGAUAGAAAUGAUCGUGGGUCUUAUUUCAAACCAGAUUUAUGGCAUUGUAUUCACCUUGGUGUGGGGAAAUCCUACAUUGCAUCAACUUUGCAACUUGCUUUGCCUGUGGUCCCGGGCAACAACAACGACGAGCGUUUUGCAUGGCUGAGUGAACACUACAUUGCAUGGUGCAGGUCAGAAAGGACUUCGUGCCACGUCUCCAAGAUUAGUGCAUAUUUAAUUUCUUACAACGAUGCUACAGGUGCAACUGGAAAUUGGAGCAAAGGAUCUGUGACUCGAAACCUCAUGAAGUGGAUGGCGCCUCUUCUCACGGAUCUGCGUUCACAGGGCCUACUCCAUCGAGCCAGGGAGGGGGCCAGGGACUUGAAUGCUGCCUUGAGCUUCUUGUACAAUGCACCCUUGUGGCUGGAGCAUGAAGAAUGCAAGUUUGUGUACAAUAGGGGAAUGAACUUUCUCCAAGCCUACUCCGCGCUUGCUCGUGACUGCUUCAGGCAGAACAAGUACCACCUCUAUCCGCUGUAUCCGAAACUACAUGCAGUACAUCAUGUCUGGCUGCUGAUCUCCCAAGAUGGGGACUCUGUGGGAUAUGCUAUGAAUCCACUGACCGCAUCAUGUCAACAAGACGAGGACAUAGUGGGCAAGGUGAGUCGAACAAGCAGGCGGGUGAAUGUGAGAAUGGUGAUUCAAAGAACUCUUCAGCGUUACCUCAUGGCAUCUUACAAGGUAUGGUUUGACGCAAAGAUCAUCGCUUAG